AUGCCUUCCAGCACCAUCGCACCCAAGUCAAAGCCCCUCCCGCAGGGGGUCUACACCCCCGUCGUCACAAUCUACAAAGCCGGCGAUCCUCUGCAACCCGUGGACCAUGACGCACUAUACAAGCAAUGCCAGGCCUUGGUUCGUGCCGGGAUGCACGGCCUCGUCUAUCUGGGCACCAACGGCGAACUCGCCCUUCUCACGGCGGACGAGCGCAAAGCGAUUGUCGAGACGGCGGUGCGCGCAGUCAGAGACCUCCAGAAGCCAGACUACCCCAUCGUGGCCGGCAUAUCGGCAGAGUCGACCCGCGAAGCCAUCCUCAACGCCAAAGACGCCGGCGCCGCGGGCGCGAAUUUCGGUCUGUUGCUGCCGCCCAGCUACUGGGCCAAGGCCCUGUCCAACGAUGCGAUAUUGGGGUUCUACCGGGACGUUGCGGAUAAUUCUCCCAUCCCGAUCGUCAUCUACAAUUUUCCCGGCGUCACGUCCGGCGUGGAUCUCGAUUCGGACCAGUUGACCGCCUUGGCGUCGCACCCCAAUAUCGUGGCCGUCAAGUUGACCUGCGGCAACGUCGGCAAGGUGACUCGUUUGACCAGCAAGUUUACGCAUGAACAGUUUGGGGUUUUUGGUGGCAGCAGCGACUAUCUCCUUCCUACGCUACAGGCUGGAGGCAGUGGCUGCGUGACGGGCAUGGGAAACAUCUUUCCAGGUUCGACAUCGGCCGUAUUCGACUUGUGGAAGGCCGGAAAGGCCGAUGAGGCCCUCAAGCUGCAGUACGACGUGGCGAAUGCGGAGUGGGCUUGUAAAAAGGGCAUCGCCUUGACAAAGUACGGUGCUUGGCACUUCCUCGGUCGGGACAUUGGGAUUACUGAUGAAUCAUCCUGGGAGAUGAGACGGCCGUAUCUACCGCUCGGUGAGGCGACGAAGAAAUGGGCUGUGGAGACACUGGGUGUACUUGGGGAGACGGAGAAGCAAAGAUCGUGGAGCAAAUAG